UACAAAUCCCCUAACGCUUCAAGGAAGUCCACGAGUUCUCAAACCAAUGGGUAAUUUCUUCGAUAAAAAGACUUCAUCUCCAAAUUUGCAAGACGCGUGGAGCAAAUUCCAAAAGGAACGCCCUCGUGUACCAAAACAGGCUGAAGCUGAAAUAGACGAAAUAGAAGAACUGCUAAGAGAAGCUAAGUAUAAAGUCAAGCGUGAGGAUCUGAAAACGGCGCUCGAUGGCCAACAGAAGCUUGAAGCCUUCCUGAAACGCAAUUCACCGUCAAUGACGGAAAAAGACAAAAGACCUACUCCAGUGUAUGUGGUGUGGGACAAAGAGAAGAUGAGCCGUACAUACGACACCGUCUUAGAACAAUUACUGAGAGCAAUCGAUUGCACAAAAAUGGAAACUCAAGUUAGCGACGGUAACGAAAUGGAAAAACUUUCAACUCUCUAUAUAUGUCGAACAUCAACGGGCAGACUGGAAGACAUUGAUAAACAGAAACUCCAAGCGACUUCGGAUCCUAAAGCGCUCAUCGUUUUGAGGUGCGGAAAAAACGAAGACGUUUUUCCUUCUACGUACAGUGCAAGGGAAAUCGUUGGAGAAGAGACGCUUGUCAUACAGCUCCUGCACUAUGAGGGAAAACUCAACGACGGGAAACUAAACACCAAAGGCUACGAAGAACUAAAAAAGUUUACAGCAUGAAGUAGACAAUGACAGUUUUCGUGUUGCCAAACAGUUUGCUAUAGCUAGUUGUCGCAUUUGUAUUACAAAACAAUCAGUUAGUUAGCUGA